GAAGAACGAAGAGAGAGUAAAAGAAUAAAACUGAAAAAAAAAGAACGGAGUAAGUAGUCCGUAAUGGAGUGGGAUGGAGAGAAUAUGAACUAAAGGUGAACAGGUUGGCUAGUUUGGGAUAGAACCCACAUGUGGUGUAAACUGGUCUGAUGUGUUCCAGUCUCCUGAGAUAGGGGGCGCUGUUUCUAAAAUGAGUCACUCAGGAGAGCCAGACACCAAAGGAGGAACCCUCAGCACUAAAAGAAAGAGGGUCCAGGAGGAAAGAGCAGGGUCACCUGUACCCAGCUGUCUGUCUGUGAAGAGUGAUGAUUCAAUGAGGAGGAUAAUCAACUUCAGAGAAGAGUUUCCAGCUGAUUCAAGGGUUCAGGUUGAAAGAGCAGGGUCACCUGUACCCAGCUGUGUGUCUCUGAAGAGUGAUGAUUCAAUGAGGAGGAUAAUCAACUUCAGAGAAGAGUUUCCAGGUGAUUCAAGGGUCCAGGAGGAAAGAGCAGGGUCACCUGUACCCAGCUGUCUGUCUAUGAAGAGUGAUGAUUCAAUGAGGAGGAUAAUCAACUUCAGAGAAGAGUUUCCAGCUGAUUCAAGGGUCCAGGAGGAAAGAGCAGGGUCACCUGUACCCAGCUGUCUGUCUAUGAAGAGUGAUGAUUCAAUGAGGAGGAUAAUCAACUUCAGAGAAGAGUUUCCAGCUGAUUCAAGGGUCCAGGAGGAAAGAGCAGGGUCACCUGUACCCAGCUGUCUGUCUAUGAAGAGUGAUGAUUCAAUGAGGAGGAUAAUCAACUUCAGAGAAGAGUUUCCAGGUGAUUCAAGGGUCCAGGAGGAAAGAGCAGGGUCACCUGUACCCAGCUGUCUGUCUAUGAAGAGUGAUGAUUCAAUGAGGAGGAUAAUCAAUUUCAGAGAAGAGUUUCCAGCUGAUUCAAGGGUCCAGGAGGAAAGAGCAGGGUCACCUGUACCCAGCUGUCUGUCUAUGAAGAGUGAUGAUUCAAUGAGGAGGAUAAUCAACUUCAGAGAAGAGUUUCCAGCUGAUUCAAGGGUUCAGGUUGAAAGAGCAGGGUCACCUGUACCCAGCUGUGUGUCUCUGAAGAGUGAUGAUUCAAUGAGGAGGAUAAUCAACUUCAGAGAAGAGUUUCCAGGUGAUUCAAGGGUCCAGGAGGAAAGAGCAGGGUCACCUGUACCCAGCUGUCUGUCUAUGAAGAGUGAUGAUUCAAUGAGGAGGAUAAUCAACUUCAGAGAAGAGUUUCCAGCUGAUUCAAGGGUCCAGGAGGAAAGAGCAGGGUCACCUGUACCCAGCUGUCUGUCUAUGAAGAGUGAUGAUUCAAUGAGGAGGAUAAUCAACUUCAGAGAAGAGUUUCCAGCUGAUUCAAGGGUCCAGGAGGAAAGAGCAGGGUCACCUGUACCCAGCUGUCUGUCUAUGAAGAGUGAUGAUUCAAUGAGGAGGAUAAUCAACUUCAGAGAAGAGUUUCCAGGUGAUUCAAGGGUCCAGGAGGAAAGAGCAGGGUCACCUGUACCCAGCUGUCUGUCUAUGAAGAGUGAUGAUUCAAUGAGGAGGAUAAUCAAUUUCAGAGAAGAGUUUCCAGCUGAUUCAAGGAUUCAGGUAGAAAGAGCAGGGUCACCUGUACCCAGCUGUGUGUCUAUGAAGAGUGAUGAUUCAAUGAGGAGGAUACUUAACUUCAGAGAAGAGUUUCCAGGUGAUUCAAGAGUCCUGGGCAUCAUGGCAUCACAGCCGGUUCCUCCCUGGCAGGAUGGCAGGGGGAGGAUAAGGAGGAAAGCCAAGCUCACCAGUUUUAACUUCUAG